AUGGGCGCUAUCUGCACUUCAUCGGCCUAUCGCUUUCCGCACUUGCUCGGCAAAGUUGACCCAUCCCGCUGGGCUGGAGCACGGCUGCUGCUACGAUUCCGACAACAAGAGAUUGCGGGACUUGUUUGCGGCGGCAAUCUCAAAGCUUCCGUUGGCUGUUGUUUUCGCUGGAAGUCGGCCGUUGAGAGAAACAAGGCGGUGCGGCCGGUCUCGGAAAAAUCGUCCGGGCGAGAUGGCGCGGAAUUUGCUGUCAUCGGACUUCAGACGACACAAAACAGCACACAACAGCGACAGCAACAGCGGUCGUCACUCUGCACCGGCUCCAACCAAUUGUUCCCGGCCAUUUGCAGCUGGCCCGAUGCAGGACGUCGAUCCCUCGCCAACGGUCCGGACCACGACCGACAGCAGCGCUGGAUCCUCAUCCAAUUGCGUCCUCUGCUCCGUACGCAAAGACAGCGCCGGUGCCAAGUGCCUGUCGUCACCACACAUCCAUUGUUCCGGCCGGCGAAAGCGCCGAUUGUCGGCCGUGAUACUGCACGCAGCGAGCAAGCGACUCUUGCUCGUGCUGGACGUCGCGACGGCCUGAGCAAAGAGCACGUGCGGAGAAGACAGACGAUUGUCAGACCUGUUUCCUUCCAACAAUUUGAACCGCCAAAGAUCAGAGGCCGAUAUCCCGAUGGAUACGGAUCUGCAGCCGCCGCUUCGACACAAUCCGCGCAACAACCUUCUGUGCAGGAAGAGCGGGGCUUACCGUAUCCAUUGUCUGGCAUCUUCUCGCCCUGGUACUGGCUGCUCAAGCUGGCAGCCACCUUCUUCCGCGGCGUCACCUACCUCAAGCGCGGCACGGAGCGUUAUCUGCGCAAUCUACCUCCUUUGGCAGGAAUCGCCCGCGAACGGCUCCAGGUACCUUCGCGCGACAAGGGUCGCUUCAUUGGCGUCGACCUGUACAGACCUGCAGAUGCUCCAGCCACCGCCAAGCUGCCAGUCAUCGUAAACUGGCAUGGAUCUGGCUGGCUCAUUCCGAGCUGGGGCGAGGACCGCGAGUUCGUCAACCAGGCCGUCAAGGCUCUGCGCUGCAUCGUGCUCGACUGCAACUACCGCAAGGGGCCCGAGUAUCCUUAUCCUGCUGCGCACGACGAUGCGGACGAUGUCGUCGAAUGGGUGCUCUCCCAGUCCGAGCGCUUUGACCUCGACAAGGUGGCGCUCUCGGGCUUCAGCGCCGGUGCCGCGAUGGCGCUCAGCACCAGCAAUGCCUACUCGGGCAAGAUCAGCGCGCUCUCUGCACUCUAUCCGCCCAUCGACAUGUGCAAGUCCGAAAUGCCUCCCAAGCCCACACGCCAGCCUCGCAGCGGUGUCUACCUCGCCCCUCGCGUGGUCAAGCUAUUCAACGACUGCUACGUCCCCGAUCUCGAGGCCAGAAGCGACCCAAGACUUGUUAUCGCGGGCCUCGACACCGCGCGAUUCCCCGACAACAUCUUUAUUGCCACUGGCGACAUCGACCUGCUCCACAAGAACGACAAGGAGUACUUCGAAAAGCUUGCCGCCACCCACAAGAACAAGACGGUCAAGUUCGUUUCCGUGCCGGAAGAAGAGCACGGCUGGGACAAGAACCCACUCGUGCCCGAAUCCCUUGAGGCACGCGACAACGUCUACCGCCAGAUGUUCGACAACAUCAGCCAAGCCUGGGACAAGUGA